AUGUUCAACAGCCUGAGAAUAGUGGGUAAAGCUAUCACAACUAGAGCAGGAGAGGAGCUUAAAAGAGCACGACUUCAGGGAGUCUUAAUUGCAUCUGGAUUGUCAGAAGAUCAGAGUCAUUCCGUGACUGGAAAUGCGACUGAUCAUGAUCUGAGAUCCGCUGUGAACGCUUACCUGGGUGAAAGUGGGCUUCGUAUUCUUCUCGAUGGGUUGAUGUCUCAUUAUGAUGAAAUAUUCAGGCUAAAGAGCAUAGGUUCUAAGUCAAAUAUAUUUCACUUGCUAUCCGGCAUGUGGAAGACUCCUGUAGAAAGGCGUUUGGGUGAGGCGCUAUCCUCUAAUACUCUUGGUCCUAGUGGUUCUGGAAAUGUGGCGAACUACAUGGGGCAAAUGGCUAUUGCCAUGGGCAAGCUUGCCACACUCGAGAAUUUUCUUCAUCGGGCUGACCUUCUGAGACAGCAGACUUUGCAACAAAUGCAUCGGAUCUUGACAACCCGACAAGCUGCCCGUGCUCUUCUUUCCAUUAAUGAUUACAAGUCGAGGCUUCAGGCUCUCAGUUCUUUAUGGUUGGCCGGUCCUAAGGAUUGA